GUUUUACAGUACCUGUCGGUCCUAGUCCUCUUUUGCAGGAGAAAGGGAAGCAGGAAAAUAUGGAGGAGAAUAAUAAAGGUUGCGGGUUUGAUAUUUUGGACAUUGGAUGUUCAGGGAUAAAUGAGGUUGUCAUAACACCAAAUCAACAAAAGAUGAAAUGGAAGCAUUUAAGCACUCUGCCCUGUGGAUUACCUGUGUGGUUUGAAAAUAACAGAAGAAAGAAGAUGGAAGAAUAUUUAUGUGAAGCAGACAAACUCAAGAUACAUGCCUUUAAUAAUACCCAAGGCUUUUGGCCUCGUGAAAAAGAAAUUGAGAAUGCAAUGGUAGCUGAAUUAUGUGCUGUUCAAACAUCAAUAAAAGUUGAACGCAAUCCAAAAACAGGAAAACUGAGAGGCUUCAAUGAGGUUUUCAGUUUGGAAUCAAGCAGUUCAGGGAGUAGCUCCAUGGCCUUGAACAGGCAGCCCUGUGCGUUAUCUGAACCAAUCAAAGGAAAAUCAACGAACUUUCCAUUUUUUCCUGGUGGUAUGGAUCACCUAGAAACUAAAAGGAUAGAGGAAGACUCAGCAGAGUUGAAUUUUGUCACAGGGUUGCUAGACACUCCUCCAGGCUUCGACGGUCACAUCAAAUUUGAUGAUGACAAAAGCAGAACAGCACCAGGUGAAGUGCAAGAUUUUAUAGUUUCUGAUGUUCAGUCAUAUACAGAUCUGGAGGAUCUAGAGUAUAGCGACCACGAUAACAGUGAUGAUGAAUGUGAUGAUAAGCAAACUGUGGACGAAAAAGAGGAAAAAGAAGAUUUAGGUUUGGCGUCUGAAAAGACAGCUGAGCCUGAGCAAGAGAAGGAGAAGAAGGAGAAGUGGGCAUUCAUGAUUGAUGUAUCCAAGCCAGUGGUUGAUUUUCAUAAAAAAGUACUUAACAUGGCACAUAAGUGGGACUUUGAACCAGAUACGUUCCAGAAGCAAGCCAUUGUAAAACUGGAGUCGCAUGACAGUGUAUUUGUUGCUGCACAUACAUCUGCUGGCAAGACUGCAGUGGCAGAAUACGCCAUCGGCCUAGCAAACAGACACAAAACCAAGACAAUCUAUACCUCGCCCAUCAAAGCUCUUUCCAAUCAGAAGUUCCGUGAUUUCAAGAAGAAUUUAGUGCCAUCUCACCCAGAACUUGAUAUUGGUCUGAUCACGGGAGAUGUACAAAUCAAACCUGAAGCUGCCUGCCUAAUUAUGACCACGGAGAUAUUACGUUCAAUGCUAUACAAUGGAUCAGACGUUAUACGCGAUGUAGAAUGGGUAAUAUUUGAUGAAGUUCACUACAUCAACGACCCAGAGAGAGGAGUGGUAUGGGAAGAGGUAAUUAUCAUGUUACCUGAUCACGUGAGUAUCAUUUUACUCUCAGCGACGGUGCCAAACACUUUGGAGUUCGCCGACUGGAUUGGGCGUACAAAGCGCAAGAAGAUCUAUGUGAUCAGUACUCCCAAACGACCUGUUCCUUUAGAACAUUUCUUAUAUACUGGCAAUAGCAACAAAACAAGCUCGGAGAUGUUCGUCUUGCUCGACCAGAACAAUGUUUUUCAAACACGGGGUUAUCAAAUGGCCGCUGAUUCAAUAAAAGAACGCUCGUCCAAAGGAAAAGAGAUGAGUGGUGCAAAGGGAGGAAGAAGUCAUAUGAAUCUUAAAUCUGAGAAAAAUAUCUGGCUAUCCUUGGUCACGAUGCUGGAGAAGAAGGAAAAGCUACCGGUCGUAGCGUUCACGUUUUCUAGGAAAAAAUGUGAUGAUAAUGCGGAUCAGUUAGGUAAUUUGAACCUGAUAACAUCUCUAGAAAGAAGUAAAACCCAAGUUCUAAUGCAAAAGUAUCUCGCAAAGCUGAAGGGAGGAGAUAGGACGCUACCACAGGUUGUAAGAAUGCAAGAACUUCUGAAGCGUGGUAUUGGAGUGCACCACAGUGGCAUAUUACCAAUCCUAAAAGAGGUCAUUGAAAUUCUCUUUCAAGAAGGCCUUGUAAAACUUCUGUUUGCCACAGAGACUUUCGCCAUGGGGGUUAACAUGCCCGCGCGAACCGUCGUUUUCGACUCUAUUAGAAAACAUGACGGAUCUUCUUUUAGGAAUUUGCUACCUGGUGAGUAUGUUCAAAUGGCUGGUAGAGCAGGACGUCGUGGUAAGGACAUCACUGGCACCGUUAUUAUACUGUGUAAAGGAGACGUCCCUGAGAUGGCUGAACUGUAUUCAAUGAUGCUAGGUAAGCCUAUUUCACUCCACUCACAAUUUCGCUUAACGUACUCCAUGAUUCUAAAUCUUCUCCGGGUGGAGCAGCUCAGAGUUCAGGAAAUGAUGAAAAGGAGCUUCGCAGAAUUUAAUGCUCAUCGUGACGCAGAAACAAUUAAACACGAGGCUGAGAAAUUGGAGGCAAAGCUAUCGAAGAUAGAGAGUGUGGACUGCUUACUUUGUAACAAGGAUCUAAUGAGUUACCACCAAGCCUUGAGUGAACUUACCGUACUGAGGGAACAAAUCAAGGUGGCAGUUCUUUCAACUUCAUUUGCACAAAAAGCCCUGUUACCUGGUCGUAUCAUUACCCUAGAGACUCAUAACAAUCAAAAAGCACUAGCAAUUGUGCUUCAAGUUGAAUCCGACGGAUCUGGUAAAAAGCUCGUGGAUAAGUCGCUUACUGUACUCUCUAUUCUCGACAAUGGUACUGCAGGAGAUGCACUCAAAUCUAUUAAAUCCAUUAAAGAUGAAAAUCAUUUGGAACCACAUGUGAAGACAAAACUUCUUCUACCUGAAGGACCUUCCACCUACGACAUAUUUCAAAUUAGUGUGAUGGAUGUUUGUGACAUAACGACAAGUAAGAUGAAGAUUGAAGGCGAUAGAAUUAUACAGGAUCACAGAAAGAGAAUGCAGCCACGGUUUAGUAACGAUCCCCCUUCUCGUUCAACGGUUAUCGUACGGCAGGAACUUCUUCGUUUGAUAGAAGCCAACCCUGAAGGCCUCGAAGUAAUGGAUCCAAUUAAAGACUUCAACAUUCGCGACCUUGACUUGGUGGAUGUCCUUACUCGAAAGUGUUUUCUGGAAGAUUUACUGGGUACAUUCGUCUGCACCACAUGCCCAAAGCUGAAACAACAUUUCUCUCUUGUGCGAAACGAAAUUACUCUCAGAGAAAAUCUGAACCACUUACAGUUUCUGCUGUCAGAUGACAGUCUGCAACUUAUUAAAGAGUACAAUCAAAGAAUAGAGGUUCUGAAAAAACUUCGAUAUUUGGACACAAACAAUCGGGUACAAUUGAAAGGUCGCGUCGCUUGUGAAAUAAGUAACCACGAGUUAAUGAUAACAGAACUCGUCUUUCACAACUUGUUGACAGAUUUGCACCAUACAGAAAUUGCUGCUCUUUUGUCCUGUUUUGUGUUCCAACAACGUCGCUGCAGUGAACCCAACUUUACAAAAACUCUAGAAGAGGGAAAAGGACGAAUUCUUUCUAUUGCUGGAACGAUAGCCGCUGCGCAGACCGAGUGUGGGCUCGUUACGUCUGAAGAGGAAUUCAAAGAACAGUUUUACUUUGGCUUGGUUGAAGUGGUUUAUGAGUGGUCACGUGGAACACCCUUCUCCGAGAUUAUUAAUAUGACUGAUGUUCAGGAAGGUAUAAUCGUGCGAUGUAUUCAGCGUUUAGAUGAGACUUGCCGAGACGUACGGAAUGCUGCAAGAAUAAUUGGUGAUCCUACGUUGUAUAAGAAGAUGGAAGAUGCUUCAGCCUCGAUAAGGAGAGACAUUGUAUUCGCUGCAAGCCUUUAUACACAAUAGAUAAAAGUAUUUGUCAUUUUGAGUGCAGCGACAGUGAAGAUAGUAAAUUGAAUAGAAAAGUUGUAUACAGUAGUUGUUUAAAAGCCUGGUAACUACAAAUGGAAAUAAAAUCCUACCGGCUUCAACCUAACCUCAAACCUACCCCCAAUUUGAUAGAAACGAGUGGGGUUUUCAAAACGUCCUCAUGGCAAGCAGUAUUCACAUUACCAUACAUAGGGAAAAUACUGAUAAACCAAGUGAAGUCAGAAAGCUCUUGAAGCGAUCAAAUUUCACAUUUUGUUCAGGAGAUUCGAAUGUUACAAUAUCUAGUCUGUUAGAAGGAAUCAGUAACAAGUGUUGAACUGCAUACAUUCCUUUUCAUCAAUUCAAGCUGAAACCUUCAAGGUCAAAAUAACGACAUUUCUCAGUCGUAUAUAUUGUUUACGGAAAUGUUCUAGCGUUUCUUCAAAAAAUCUCAUAGUCUGACAGGUGAGAAUGAAGAUGUUUUGGCAAUGAUUAUUCUUGGGUGGCUGGAACCGUUAAAGUAAUGCAAAUGAUUUUAGACUUUUAAAGGAUUGUAUUUUUUCGUAUAUGAGAAUUUCUCCUUAAAUAUAUCUUAUUAGACACUGAUUUAAGGGUGCAGUAUGGGUGGAUAUAGAAACACGAGACUAAAAAUGUCCAACCGUACUGAACCCUAAAAUGUCUCAUCAUAAAUUAUUUAUUAUCCAACGGAAUUUACUUUUUCCCAAAAGAAGGCUUCCACACGAAUGUUUUUCUUUGAAACAGUUUUCAAAAACCGGUUUCUUACUGUACGUGAAAAUAACCUAGAGAAUGAAAAUCGUACCAUAAAUAGUACAAUAAUGAUGAUCGCGUUGUUUAACUGAUCUCAAAGGACAAAGGAUAUAGAUAACCGAGAUGUUUUUGUUCAAGCCAAAAGAUAACAUAAGAUGGCAAAUGAAUCAGUUGAUGUAGUACACAUUUCUAUCGAUAAAACUUUUAUUGAGGUGAGCUUACAAGUGUCAUUCGAGCAACAGUCUCGCUUGUUCGCCAGUAAUGCCAUGGAUCGGGAAUUUUAUUUGGUUUUGAUUGAAGACGUCUUUCAUCGUAUUACGAGAAAAAAAGGGGGGCAAUAGUGUUGUGCAGUAUGCAAGGAAUCAAUGUUUAAUAAUGUUAAAACUAAAAAAUUAACUUGAAAUUACUUCAUUUUACCUUUUAUAUAACAAAAUCAUUUAGAAUUUGCAUAACUGUGAGUGUUUUAGCGCGUAUAGAAAUGAUUGCUACGAGAUCAUGUGAAGCAGGUUCAUCCAUUUAUAAUUAGCUCAGUAGCUGCGAAAAGUUUGGUUCAAAUUUGAAUACAAAUUGGAUGCGGGUGUUUUGA